UCGUUGGCCCUGGCCUGUCAGCAGGUGGUAGAGAGAGAGUUGCUGAGUGACACUCGGUCCGUCAGAGAAAAGUCAGAAAGAAGAAAGGUAGAAAGGAGAGAAAGUUAACAAAGCUCCCCCCAAGGUGUACCACUAGCAAUGACCGCUAGACCCCUGUGGAGGGCCCUGUGCCUGCUGGCCCUACUCUGCACAUGGUCACGCACAAGUUCUGCUGACACCCGGCCAGACCCCUCAGCUGCAGAGCAGGAAGUCACCUUGAGCCACAUCUAUAAAAUUGACAUCCCGGGGAGCACCAGCUGCAACCUACAACACAUAUCAACACAGGAUGAAACAGGUCUGCAGAUGGAGACCACAAAAAAUGGAAACAAUGACAUUAUCUUCAGACACAACAUCAAGCUGCAGUCACCCAGAUGUGACUGCGAGGAGUCGGAAAGCUUUAAGUCUUUGCUUUACAGAGUCAAUGGACUCGAAGAAGAAGUCAACUACCUUAAGACCCAGUGUGCACAGGGAUGCUGUGGUGCUGCAGGCGUGGACAAAAGCUGUAGUGGCCAUGGUACCUACCAACACGACACCUGCAGCUGCCUCUGUAACGUAGGAUGGGAAGGCCCCGACUGUUCUGAAUCCUCCUGCCCAGAUGAGUGCAACGACAAUGGCAGAUGCGUAGAUGGCCGGUGCGUCUGCCAUGAGGGCUACACCGGAGAAGACUGCAGUGAGCUGACAUGUCCAGACAACUGCAAUGACAAUGGCCAAUGCGUGGAUGGCCAGUGCGUGUGCUAUGAGGGCUACACCGGAGAAGACUGCAGCGAACUGACCUGUCCAAACAACUGCAAUGACAAGGGCCAGUGUGUAGACGGGAAAUGUGUGUGCUUCUCACACUUCGCUGGUGAGGAUUGCAGCAACCAGAAGUGUCCCAAUGACUGCACAGAUAAUGGCCAGUGUGUGAACGGCAAGUGCAUCUGUGAUGACGGCUUUUACGGGGAGGACUGUUCGUUAGUCUUGGCACCUCAGGGUCUGCAGGUGGUCCAAGUGACUGACGUCUCUCUCCUGGUUGAGUGGGAGUCCGUUCAAGGGGCCGAGUAUUAUGUGUUGACAUAUUAUCCGAAAAAUGACGAGGGUGCGCAGGAGCAGAUUUCGGUCGCCAACACAGAGAACUCCUACCUCAUCACAGGACUGACUCCUGGGGUUACCUACAUUGUCCAAGUACAUGCGGUGGUUAAGGGCAUCCAAAGUGAAGCUGACGAGAUUGAAGCCACCACAGAUGUCUCAACUAUUGAUGGUAUCCGAGUUCUUGGCCAGACAGAGGUCUCUAUUGAGGUGGACUGGCAGAACCCUCAAGCUGAGAUGGAUUACUUCAGGCUUACACACACUGACCCAGAAGGGCAAGAGGAGGAGCUGAAGGUACAGAGGAGCCAAGAGGCGCGCACCAAACACACUAUUGUGGGUUUGUAUCCAGGAACAGAGUAUGUCAUCUCAGUGCAGGCCAUUAAGGGAAACAAUGGGGGCAAAGCUUCUUCUGUCACCGGUGCCACAGAUAUUGAUGCUCCAACAAAUCUCGUCACUACCGAAGUAACAGAGGACACUGCAACAGUCUCCUGGGAUCAAGCCCAGGCUGGAAUAGAGGGAUACAUGCUGAGUUACACUUCUGCUGAGGGAUCCAGUUCAGACAUCUCUGUAGCACGUGAUAGUACCUCAUACAGGCUGAUAGGCUUGAGGCCUGGAGUUCUCCAUAAUGUCUAUAUCUGGGCCUAUAAGGGAGACAAAGUCAGCGGAAAGAGUUCAACAGAAGCUGAAACAAACCUGGAUGCUCCUACUAACGUCUUCGCCCAAGAUGAGACAGAGUUCAGCUUCAGGGUGCACUGGGAUCCCCCUCAGGCAGAAAUUGAUGGCUACAUGCUAACAUAUAGCUCUUCUGAGGGCUCAAGUGAAGAAAUUGUAAUUGGGUCUGACAGUACUUCAUACACGCUGACUGGCCUGAGGCCUGGGGUCCUCUACACUGUCUACAUCUGGGCUGUCAAAGGGAGUAAAGCCAGCAGGAAGAUCUCGACACAAGCUGAGACAGAACUGGACGCGCCUGCUAACCUCUUAGCAGAAGAUGAAACAGAAUCCAGCUUCAGUGUUUCAUGGGAUCCCGUCCAGGCAGAAAUUGAUGGCUACAUGCUAACCUACACAUCCUCUGAAGACGGCUCUAGUGGGGAAAUCCCAGUGGGGGCAGAUGAGUCUGAUUAUUUGUUGACUGGUUUGAGGCCUGGGCUCCUCUACACUUUUUACAUCUGGGCUGUCAAGGGAGACAAAGCCAGCAGGAAGAUCUCAACACAAGCUGAGACAGAACUGGAUGCUCCUGCUAACCUCUUAGCCCGAGAUGAAACAGAAUCCAGCUUCACUGUGUCAUGGGAUCCAGCCCAGGCAGAAAUUGAUGGCUACAUCCUUACCUACACCUCUUCUGAGGGCUCUAGUGAGGAAAUCCCUGUUGGGUCUGACAGGACCUCUUACAUGCUGACUAGCCUGAGGCCUGGAGUUCUCUACACUGUCUACAUCUGGGCUGUCAAGGGGGACAAAGCAACCAGGAAGAUUUCAACAAAAGCACAGACAGACAUUGAUUCUCCCAAGGAUCUGAGGGCUGUAGAUGUGACGCUGGACUCUGCUUCUUUAACUUGGACUCCUCCUCUGGCUGACAUUGAGGGUUACAUCCUCACCUACAGGGAUGAAGAGGGAAACAUGGAGACUGUUGAAAAGCAGCUUGUAGCCGGUGAGAGCAGCUUUGCUGCAUCGAGUCUUGAGAUGGGGAAGAGGUACAUUGUCACUAUUAUUGCCUACAGGGGCAACAAGAGGAGCAAGGUGGUAGAAACCAUCUUCAAAACAGUUGGUCUCCUGCACCCAUUCCCCAUGGACUGUGUUCAGAUCAUGAAGAACGGCAAUAAGAGGAAUGGUGUCUAUACAGUCUAUAUUAACAAUGACCGCUCCAAACCUAUAGAAGCUUACUGCGACAUGGACACUGAUGGAGGCGGCUGGCUGGUGCUUCAGCGCCGUAACAUUGGCAAGCUGGACUUUAUGAAACGCUGGAGGCAGUACAUUGCAGGUUUUGGCAACUUAACCGAGGAGUUUUGGAUUGGUCUCGAUAAAAUAUACGAGCUUACCAACACUCCUACUCAGUAUGAGCUGAGGUUUGAUUUGGGUGUGGGCUCAGAGAGAGCGUAUGCUGUAUACGACAACUUUAAGAUUGCACCAGUCAAGCAGAAGUUCAAGCUCACCAUUGGCAAAUACAGUGGGACAGCAGGUGAUGCCAUGACCUACCACCAAGGCCUCCCCUGGACUACCAUUGAUUCAGAUAAUGACAUUGCCCUGACCAACUGUGCUCUGAGUCACCGUGGCGCCUGGUGGUACAAAAACUGCCACCUGGCCAACCUUAACGGCAAAUGGGGUGAAACCAGGCACAGCAUGGGGGUGAACUGGGAACCGUGGAAGGGCCACCUGACAUCCCUCGACUUCUCUGAGAUGAAGAUCCGACCUGUGGGAGCCCUGUCCAGCAGGAAGAGGCGAUCGCUGGCGGCUAGGGAGAAAAGCAGAAACACAAAACUCCAAAAGAAAUAGAAGAGCGCCUGUGUCCACAUCAGCCCCAUCAGCCUGACAUCACACAAGCUUUUGGUGUUUCUGUACAUAUGUACACAUGCAUGUUUUAAUACUCUAGACUAGAAUACCUACUGGUCUCCCUCUCUGUGUGUCUCAAUUCUUGGACAAUAUGUACACCUUUUAGAAAAACGAAUACCUUAAUAUCUGUUCAUAGAAAUUCAAAGAUUUACUGUGACUGCAAGAAAGUGACAAAUGACAAACGUCCUUUGACUUUUUUUGACAUUAAUUGGUUUUGUUUAUCACUCAAACUUGAACCUGUUUAUAUUGCUUGUGUUAUAUUUGCUUAUUUCACAUCCUCCAAAGAAAUUGAGUGCAUGGUAGAAAACAAAAAUAGCUUGUCUGUUGUUGGGUUUUUUCGUGGAUCAGGUGUAGACUAUUAGAGUUAGCACCCUGUUUAUUGAUUGUGAAGCCAGCUGGCUUCGUCGCAUUAAACUGCCACUGUGCUUCUAACACUGUCACAUCACAUCAGUUUGUGUGGGACAAGGCCGUCAGUAACAACGGAUGGCUGUCUAGAGACGCCAAAGUGCUCCUGCUUUACAUUCAGAUGACCGAGACAGCUAAUAUCCAUCAAUGUGACGUGCCUUUAUCAAAUGUCAAUAGGAAUGAAGUUUGUUUGCCCCAUCCUCGGGAGCAUAAUGACCAUACUCUAGUUUUUCAAUCUGGAAAGCUGACAGAAGUUAUUAAUACGUUUUUGACUUUGACUUUACUUGAUUACUUUUUUCUUCUUUUUUUACACAUUUAUAUUACAAACUUGGUUUAGGUGACAAGGACUGAGCACAUCAAUCAACUUUUCUCCUAAUCUGCCAGAAGUUAUUUGAUUUGCAGUCAGUGACUCUCACACAUUACUUUCCCCUAAAAGUUAUUGUGAUUUUAUUUUAACUUCCAGCUAAUCCUUAGGAUCAGCUUUGAAGGUCAGAAAUGAGGAAGUAAAAACCUGUUUAUCCAUAUUUUAUUUACUAAUUGUAUUCUCAAGCUGACAUUAUAGCUGCUCAUUCAUAUUAAUGCAAUCAUUCAGGGAAUAAAACUAAAACAUUUUUUAUAUGUGAAAAGCUUGUUUGUUUUUCUCAUCUCAAUAUAGCGAUGGCCUUAUGGGAUAUAGGAAAGCAAGUAGUACUAAACCUUUUUUUGCUUUGCAGAUUUUAAUGAGUUGCUUUGAAAACUGAAUAUGUUACCGUGGAAAAGCCAGACAAAAUGUUAUAGUUAUUCAGUAUAUUUGGGUGUUUCACUGCUGUAAGAAGAUACAUAGCAACCCCCCAAAAAUCUGCAGCCACACUAGAAGCUACAUUAAGUUUU